AGUCGAAAUUCGUCCGCCGUUUGCCUCGCAUUUUGCACUUUGCGGUCCGCUCGAAAUAUUUAUUUUGGACUUAACGUGUGCUACUCUUCUAUAUAUACCACUAUAUAAAAUAUAUCCGUCUAUAUGCUCGGUUCUAUCGGUCCCACAAAUAAUUCGAUUCCAAUGGCCAACGUAAUUUGACAUCAGCCAAUAAAUAAAGAAAUAAAAAGGUGUACAAGUUUCGUUUUGGAUUUCAAAACGCUGAGCUCAUUAUUUCUAGCUAAUUAGCAUAAAAAUCGUAAAAGCUCCAAAGCGGCUGUUAAAAUUAUAAAACCUAUAAAAAAUAUGGUUGUUCCAUAGAAAAUGAGUGCUCUACGAUUAUCAAUAAUCCCCUCGUAAAAUUAAAGUGAAACAAACCUGAAAAGUGACCCAGUGACACAGUUCAAACCAUCUUAUCAGCAGCCCGUUUUUAAUCGAAUCUAAUACAAUCUCUCACCGUACAAUAAACAAUUGAAACUACAAUUAAUAAAUAUUAUUCGUCGGCUGUUUGGAAGUACCAAAUCACGUGCCUCUAAUUGCAAUACUUGUCCGCGUUAAUUAGUGUUAAAUACACUCGCUAUCGCAAUUGUUUUUCUAGUCGGGCAGAACAAUUGUAAAUCUGCCCGAAUAUCAUUUUCCCAGCUGUGAUUCCCUUACAAAUAUAUGCUCCACUUUCAUGUUAUGGAAUUUUCAAUGGACUCCAAAAAAACUAAAAGGCACAAAUCAAAACCCAAAUGAGCAGCACCUGAGCGAUCCGGCUGGCUCGCCCUCCACCGCCAGUCCGAGCAACAGCAACACCGCAAUUGCCGCAGCAGCAGCAGCAGCAGCAGCAGCAGCAGCAGCAGCAGCAACAUCAGCAACUGCGGCGGGAGGAGGAGGAGCGGUGGUGACGCCAACAAAGAGCCCCCAGCGUAACGCUUUCCAGGAAGAUGCUUAUCAGGCAAACCUGGCUGGCGGCGAUAGCGUCGAUAACGUGGAAUCGGCUCAAUUGGACGGCAAUCCGAGUGGUGGAUCGCCCGGGCAGCGUCACUCGAUAAACUCGGCGGAAUACACAUCCACGCCGAAGACCAGUCGGAAUGGUCCGAGCAGCACCAACGCGAGUGGAACAACAUCGCCAAUUAAUUACCAGCUGCCCGGCGAUGACUAUCCGUAUGGCAUAGAGUAUGAGUCACAGCAACUGCAAUAUCAACAGCAGCAGCAGCAGCAGCAACAGCAACAGCAGCAACAUUUGCCAGAGCAACUGCCGGCGAUUAGCUACCAAAGUUUGCCGGCCAGUCGCCAGAGUUACGCUUCACCGCCGGCUCUGAUUAUUCCCCAGCGGCAGUCGCUGCUGCCGUGGGGAGCUCACUCGAGGAGCUCGAUCAUCAACGUCCUGCCCAGUUACACCCAGGCCGAGAUGCAUGCCUUGGCCGCCAGCGUGGCCAGCGUGGAGAUAUCCGCUCCACGGCCGGGUGAGAUUGUGAUGCGCAACCUUUUUAGUGACUUCACCGCCCAGGCUGAGAAGAAGAUCGAGCUGGUGAUGCUGGAGAGUGCCGAUAAGAAUCUCUCGAAGCUGCUGCAGCGCGGCGAGGAUCAGCAAUUCGAUCAGUUACUAUCGGCCUUGGGUUCCGUGGCCGAGCACUGCCUGCCCUCGUUGCUGCACACGCUGCUCGCCUGGCAUCGUCGGCAGUUGUCCGACAUGGAGAUCAAAAACGACCUGAAGAAACCUGCGCCCAGUGGCAGUAAUUCCCAGGCGGCGAGCAACAAACCCACAGUGGAUUUGGAUUUUCAGCUGCAGCGAAGGGAGGCGGCUGUGGAGUUUAUUUUCUGCCUGGCUCUCAUCGAGAUACUCAAGCAGCUGCCCUAUCAUCCGGGUCACGAGGAUCUGGUGCGCAGCAUCGAGAACCUGGCCUUUAAGCACUUCAAGUACAAGGAUGGACUGCAGAACAAUCCGAAUGCGCAUAAUAUCCACAUGAUUGCCGAUCUGUAUGCAGAGGUCAUUGGGGUAUUGGCCCAAAGUCGCUUUGCAUCGGUGCGCAAGAGGUUCAUGAGUGAACUGAAGGAGCUGCGGGGCAAGGAGGUGUCGCCCACGACCACCCAGAGCAUCAUCAGUCUGCUGAUGGGCAUGAAGUUCUUCCGGGUCAAGAUGGUGCCCAUCGAGGAGUUCGAGGCCUCGUUUCAGUUCAUGCACGAGUGCGGUCAGUACUUCUUGGAGGUGAAGGAUAAGGAUAUCAAGCAUGCUUUGGCAGGACUCUUUGUGGAGAUCCUUGUUCCUGUGGCGGCGGCCGUUAAGAACGAGGUGAAUGUUCCCUGUGUGAAGAACUUUGUGGAGCUGCUCUAUGUGCAGACUCUGGACGCCUCUACCAAGUCUAAGCAUCGCUUGGCCCUCUUUCCGCUGGUCACCUGCCUGCUCUGCGUCUCGCAGAAGACCUUCUUCCUGACCAACUGGCACUACUUCCUGGCCAUGUGCCUGAGUAACCUCAAGAAUCGCGAUGCCAAAAUGAGUCGCGUGGCCCUGGAGUCGCUGUAUCGACUGCUUUGGGUUUACAUGAUCCGCAUCAAGUGCGAGUCUAACUCGGCCACGCACUCCCGUCUUCAGAGCAUUGUGAACUCGCUGUUUCCCAAGGGCUCCAAGGGAGUUGUGCCACGCGACACGCCGCUAAAUAUCUUCGUCAAGAUCAUCCAGUUCAUCGCCCAGGAGCGCCUAGACUUUGCCAUGCGCGAGAUCGUCUAUGACCUGCUGUGCGUGGGUCGUUCCAUCAAGCUGAUCCUCAAUCCGGAACGCAUGAGCAUCGGACUGCGAGCCUUCCUGGUCGUCGCCGACUCACUGCAGCAGAAGGCGGGUGAGCCGCCGAUGCCCAGGACGGUUCCAGCCCUGCCCUCGGGCAACACACUGCGCGUGAAGAAGACGUACAUCAACAAGAUGCUAACGGAUGACACAGCGAGGAGUAUUGGCAUGUCCACGUAUUUCCCUCAUGUGCGCAGGGUUUUUGUUGAUAUUUUGAGAGCCCUGGAUGUUCACUACGGUCGGCCACUCAUGAUGACGAAUACGCAGAACCAAAACAAGGAGCCCGAUGAGAUGCUGUCCGGUGAGAGAAAGCCGCGCAUCGAUCUCUUUCGAACGUGCGUGGCCGCCGUGCCGCGACUGAUACCCGAUACAAUGACUGCCCAUGAACUCGUGGAUCUGCUGUCCCGACUGACGGUCCACAUGGACGAGGAGCUGCGCAUUCUAACCCACCAGUCGCUGACGACUUUGGUCAUAGAUUUUCCGGAUUGGCGUCAGGAUGUCGUGCACGGAUACACUCAGUUUUUGGUGCGCGACGUCACCGACACCUAUCCGCAGCUGCUGGAGAACUGCACGCGCAUUCUGUUCAACUUUCUCAAUAUCUGGCGGUGCGCUAUUAAUGUGAAUGGCAAUAACACCACUAUUCCGCCGAGUGGCGGGACAAAUGUGGCUAGCACAGCACAGCCCAAAGUGGUCACAACUGCAACUGUGGUGCAGGCUACAGUGGCGCAGGCUGCAGCAGCUCCGGCCAAGGACACCGCCAGCAGUCAGUUGUCCAAGCAGCAGCAUCUGAAUACCGCCAGCAGUGCUGCCUCCAGCAUCACCACCUCCAGCGGCAUGUCGAGCAUCACCCAGCACACUGUGCUGAAUAUGGCCAGUGAUGUGGCCAAAAAGAAUGAGAUUCCACUGGCCACAACGCUUCAUUUCGUCGAGGGCUUUGCCCUGGUGCUCCUCUGCAACUAUCGUCCCUAUUUGCGCAAGCUGGCCGCCAUGAUUCUCAAGGAGGUGAAGAAUCUAAUGCGGGCACUGGGCAUACCGGAAACGGAGCCACCGCUCAUCGAUGUCAUGGAUCGCUGUGUGCCGGCCAUCGUGGAGAAGUGCCUGCCCAUGCUGCCGCAGACGGAGAAGACGGCUAUUCUGAAUGCCAAUUGCAUUGACCUGCAGUGGAUAGCGGAAAGAUCCAGUGGAGUGUGGCUGGCUGGGCUAACAGAUGACAACUCAAAGUCCUCCACAUCCACGCUCAAUCUUUCACAGUCCAGUUCGACGGCAAAUGCCUCGGCAACGGUGACGAGCUCCCCACAACCUCCGUUUGAUCCCUGGGCCACUUGCUUGUUUGGAUUGCUCGAAAGGCAGCGCAUCUUGCAGCAGUGCCCCUCGGCAGUGGCACAGGCCUGGCCGAUUUGUUUCACGCGCCUAAAUGCGCUCUACAGUGUCAUAGAUCCCACCCCCGUGAGCGACAAUCGAGCUUCGUUGCUCAGGAGUUCGGCGCCCACCAAGAAAGUGCCCACCGAGAGCCAAAAGGAUUCGUACUUGCGUCUUUGGAGGAAUCAGGUGGCAUGUGCCAUGCGAUUGGUUCCCCAAAUUCCCAGUGUAGCCGUUCGUUGUGCCUCGCCUGAUUUGAGUUUGAGUUUACAAGAUCAGUCGGACUCGCGUUCGCUGUCCGAUUCCCUGGACAAUAUACCAUCCAAUGUGUUUGGGCCCGAGGGAAUCGUCACGCGCUUCACGCUGCCACUCUCCUAUGGACGCAAAGAGGCGCGCCAAAAGCGACUUGGCUCAUCGCCGGACUCCCUGAACGCCGAUCGCAGUGACAAGUCGGCGAUGGGCAGCGCCUCCCCGCACGCCCUCUACAAGCUGGUGGUCCCGCUGCUCCGGUGCGAGGUCGUCGAUGUGCGAGAUGCCGCCGUGAAUGCUUUGGGCCUGAUAAACCACGAUGCGCUCAAGGAUUUGAUGGAGGAGCUGGUGGUCUACAUACGCGAGGCGGUGGAUCGCAAGCAGGAGAACAUGCGCAGGAGGCGGAGACGGGAUGCGCUGCGUCUGCAGGUGGUGCGAGUGCUGGAGAAGAUUGCCGAGAACGGAACGUUUGGAGUGAGCACCUGCGUGCUGGAACGCGACACGAUGUCGCUGCAUCCCACCUUCGUGGAGUACAUCGAGGGCGCCGUGGCCUAUCUAAUGUCUGAGACGGACAAGGACAAUCUGAGCAUUCGGGAGGUGAAGGCGCACUUUUGCAAUUUCAUACGCAAGAUGAUUAAGAACUUCUCACUCGAAUCCUGUGCCACGCUGCUGUCUCGGGUCCUCAAGCGUAAUCUGUUCAAUUUGUUUGCCGCAUGGUGCGGCAGCUUCUCUAAGCCCCUAGGCAUCACCGUGCAGAUUGGCCAGACCCUCGAGGAGGAGAAGCUGCAGUUCAGCGCCCUGCAGGCCAUGUCCGCCCUGCUGUGCUGCGGUCACAUCUUCUAUGCACCUCAUCUGCAAGACGAAGGCAUCAUAUACAAGUGGCUGGAUCUGCUGCUGACCUCCAAGGACGAAAAGAUUUACCAACUGGCCCGGGAUACGGUGGUGCUUCUGCUGGAAUCGAAUCCGGAUAUGGGACAACUUCUGGAGUGGGUCAUAGAUCGGUGCUAUACGUCGACUCCUCGCGAGGCAGACGCCUGUUUCCUGGCCCUGGCCUCGAUCUUCAGCGCCAAGGAAUACCCGUGCGACCAUUACACAUCCGUGAUAACCGUGACCCUCCUGAUGACGGGCUGUCCUCGAGUGGAAGUGCAUGCGACGGCGCUGCAAUUGCUGCAAAUCCUGGACAAGCGAUUCUUUGGCAGCGUGGUGGGCACUCUGCACAGCGACAACGAGAAAGAGGAUGACAAGGUGGGCACCCUGGAUGUCGUGCUGAGCAGUGCUUACUGUCGAUCCCAGCGCUUCCUGUCCAAACAACUGGCCCAACUGCGUCCGGAGCUUACCAUGUCCAUCUUUUCGGAAAUCACCCAUCGUUUCCAGAGCGCUCGAGAGGAUGUGCGCGCGCUGCUGCUGCAGUGUCUCCUUCCCUGGCUGCAGAAUAUGGAACUGGUGGCCACAAGUGUGCCGCCUGCCACGCCCCUUUCGUACAUUAUGUAUUUUCCGGAUUCGGGGACGCGAGGACGUCGCGAGGGAACUGGUUCGACAGAGGCAACGGAAAUGAUUCUGAACAAUCUCUUCUACAUCACAGCCAAGUUCUCUGACGCCCAUCCACGCGACAUCGAGGAGUUGUGGGGCACACUCUGCCAGUUUUGGCCCAAUAACCUGAAGGUUAUACUGCGCUACUUGGUAAUCAUGAGUGGCAUGGCCCCCACCGAACUGCUGCCCUAUGCCAAGCGGGUGGCUCUUUAUCUGGUAAGGAGCUGUCCGGAUCGAUUGCUAGACGAGCUAAUGGCCGAGCUGCAGACUGUGGAGACGCUCAACUGUCUGAUUGAGCGCACGGAAACGCCACCUUUCUAUCGAUUGACCAGCAUGCGAAAGGCCUCCAGUCACAGUGCCGAUGGCCAAGCUGUGGGCGGCAUUAAUGACUCGAGAAUUCAGGACUUGGCUGUCGAGAAGGGCACCAUUCACACCAAGCGUCACAGCGGAGAGGAUCCCAUUAAAAUUGGAACCUGCAAAUCGGACAGCGGUAUUAGGGCCUAUACCCAAGCAGCUGCUGCUGCUGCUGCCGCUGCCGUCACUCCCGGAUCAAGUGGCAAUCGUCCACCGCGUGGAGCCGAUAAGAUUCGCGCCGCCUCAGGGCCUUCCAUUCUGCCCCGGCCAGAGGAUAUUCUCAUCAACGAUCCAGAACUGCGGCAGGAGGAGAAUGUUGAGCUGCGCGGAACAUCGGAUGCCCCGCCAAAUGCCCACCCACAUCCACUGCCCAUGCCGGAAUAUGGUGGUUACUUUGCUCCGCUCACCGAGUUUCUACCGGAUGUCAGUUUGCCCAUCAGCGGAUUCCACAGAUGCAACGUGGCCGUGAUGCUGCUCACGGACAUUGUGGUGGACGGAAUUCCUGGGAUCGACUGGACGCUGCACCUGCCGCUGAUGCUGCACAUCCUAUUCCUCGGACUGGACCACACGCGCAUCAUUGUGCGGGAGCACUGCAAGCAGCUGUGCGUCAACCUGCUCAUCGUGCUGGCCGAGCACAACGAUCACCUGACGGUGGCCCGCAUCCUGCUGAACAGCGAGACGAGUAAACUGGAUCUGGGACUCACGGUUCCCGCUCUGCCGGUGAUUGAUAACAAUUUCACGGAGCUGCACCAGCAAUUCGAUAGCUAUCUGCUGCACGUCAGUCCCCAGGCGGCGGCCUAUGCCCUGCAGCACAAUCUCUCCAGCUCCACGAUCAUAGCGGCGCAUCAGCAGAAUCUCUCGCAGACGCCGCAGCAGAAUCAGCAGCAAGCGGGCUCGCAGAACGGGCAGAAUACCACGCCGCCUGGUUUGACCACCACGCCGGCUGCCCUGCAAAUAAAUCCGAAUAAUUCGGAGAACUCGGAGGUGCCGCUGAUCCAUCCGGACGAGCAUGCUCCUCCGCAGCCAGGACCCAGUAUGCCCAUUGCCCAUGUGAUCAAGAGCCUGUUGAAGUUCCUCGCCCAGGACACCUGCCAGCCGCUUUGGAACUACGAGGAUAUUACGGCCAAAGUGUGGGCGGUAAAAUCCGCGGAGCAACUGAGCUGCUUCCUCAAGCACAUGGUCAAGGUUUUCGCAGAUAGCUAUCCACAGGCUCGCAUCGCCGAGCGCUGGGCACAGACUGCUCUUCAGUUGGGCCUCUCCUGCUCAUCCCGCCACUACGCAGGACGCUGCCUGCAGAUCUUCCGGGCUUUGAAUGUGCCCAUUAACUCGAGGAUGCUGUCGGAUAUCCUCUCCCGCCUGGUGGAAACGGUGGCCGAGCAGGGCGAGGAUAUGCAGGGAUAUGUCACGGAACUGCUGCUCACUCUGGAGGCGGCUGUCGAUAGCUUGGACUCGGACUUCCGGCCGCUCGACGUGAUGAAGGAUAUCUUCAAGAGUACGCCCAAUCUGAACAACAAGGACGGGGGACCCAACUCGAUUUUGCCCGGCAAGAAGUCGCCUUCGGGCAUGACGCCGCAGUCCUCGAACUACUCGAUACCCAGUCACGGGAGGAGCACCAGCUACUCGGUUUCGUAUUGCGGUCGGAAGGCCAAUAACUCGCCGUGCGACAAGCAGGUGGAGCUAAGGAAUCGAUCCUCGGGCAUCGAUCUGGAACGGAGUGUCGUCUGCAAGUUCGGCGUGGGCAGUGGUGGCGUGCUGGGAGCUGGAUCUGCGCUCUCCCGUUCCCGCAGCGCCCAGAGCCUCAAGAUGCUGGGCGAUACGGCCACGCAGGACGACAAGAUGACCAUCUUGGCGCAGCUCUUUUGGCUCUCCGUUUCCCUUCUGGAAUCGGACUACGAGCACGAGUUCAUGCUGGCGCUACGCCUGCUGACCAGGGUGCUGCAUCGCCUGCCACUGGAUCGUCCGGAUGCACGGGACAAGGUGGAGAAGCUGCAGCAGCAGCUCAAGUGGACGGCUUAUCCGGGUGUGCAUGCGUUGCUCUUGAAGGGCUGCACCCACAGUGCCACCUAUGAACCCACCAUCACCCUGCUCUCCCAGUUCGCCCCCCUGCUGACCCUGCCCGUCUGUGAUCCCACCCAGAGCUGCGCCUUCCCCAUGAACGUCAUCGCCCUGCUGCCCUACAUGCUGCUGCACUACGAGGACGCCAAUGAGAUCUGCAUUCGCAGUGCGGAGAACAUAGCCCAGGUGUCCACGGAGCUCGGGGCUAAACUGGAGAACCUGGGCACCGUGAUGACGCUCUACAGCCGCAAGACCUUCUGCAAGGAGUCCUUCCAGUGGACCAAGUGUGUGGUCAAGUAUCUGCACGACACCUAUGCCCACAUGGGCCUCCAUAUGGUGGCCUUCCUCAUCGAGGUCCUGGAGAAGGGACCCCAGCAGGUGCAGGUGCCGGUGCUGAAUGUGAUCCACUGCAUGCUGCACUACGUGGAUCUGUCGGCUCCGCAGGCUCAGACUAUCAAUGCAGAUUUGCUGCGGGCCAUUGGAAAGUAUCUGGAUACCGUAAACUGGAAGGACUCACUAAAGAUUCUGAAGCUGAUCGUGACCAGGAGCUCAUCCCUGCAGGUGGUGCCACCCAGCGACGGCAGCAGCGCCGGCUUAUCGUUCUCUUUCUAUGGCGCAUAUCCGGACUCGGAUAUGUUCUGUAAAAAGGAACUGGCCGGUCGCACCAUGGAGUUCACCUUCGAUGUCUCACAGACGCCUCUGAUCGGUCGUCGUAUCCUGCUGAAGACGGAGGAGCCGGUGGCCACGGGAGCAGCCUCCACCACGGGCAGCUCCUCGUUGAAUUCCACUUUGACGAAUGCCACCACGGUGACGGUGGCACCAAGUGCUGUGCAACAGCAGACGAAUGCGCAGCUGCAACAGCAGCGGACCCACACGAAUGUGGCGGCCAUGGCAGCCGCAGCAGCGGCGCAGCAUCAGCAGCAGCAACAUGCCAUUGGAGCGGGCAGCAGCGUGGUGGGAACUCCCAAUUCUCCGCGACGCAGUGCCAGUCUUUCGCCGGCGGAUACGGUGCCGCUGAGCGGAUGGAAGCGACCCUGGAUGUCGCAGUGUCGCGUGCGUGAGUGCCUGGUCAAUCUGCUGACCACCUGUGGGCAGCGGGUCGGACUGCCCAAGUCGCCAUCGGACGAUUUCAUAAACUCAAUUUGCUCAAAGGUGAUCUUCAGUCAGUCUUCGGAUCUAAUGGAGCGCCAGUCCUCGGCCGCUUCUUCCACGGAAGAGACCUCAGGUCCUCAGGGCGACCUGAGCAGUGGCUCGAGGCGCGACGAUGGUCAGCCCGAUUUCACCGUCUUCAAGGACUUUGAUUUCCUGGAGUACGAGGACAGUAUUGCUGGCGAGUCCACGGACAACUUCAACUGGGGAGUUCGUCGCCAUCAGCUCUUCGAGGGCGAUGAGGAUCGUUUGAAUUGCGGCAGUGGCAUCGGUGGCUCCAGCAAGGGAGGACACUCAUCUGCCCUGGAGGACAGCUUCAGUGAUAAGACGCCCAUUUUGAGCAAGAGGAAACGGCAGAUUGCGGACGAUUCAUCCGAUGAGGAGGCUGAAUCCGAGUCGCCCUUGGACGAGGAUCACCGCCAGUCGUUCCUGAAGUCGGGCUACAGUGCCGUGCCGCCCACUUCGCUGAGUCUGCGGGAGCGAAGGCGUCGCAACUCGGUGUCGCGCAGCGAUACCAGUGGAUCCAGUGCUGGAGACUUGGGUGAUCUUACGCCCUGCAAUGCUUCGCCUCACCUGCCCGGCAUCAUUCGCUUUGCCGCCAUUCGCGACGAGGCGGAGGAGAACUGGCGUCGCCAGUUGCAGGCCAUGCUGGUCAAUCAGCCCUCGGCCCACACCUCGGAACUAUUGCAGCAGCUCUUCCGGCUGAUCAAGGAGCUCACCUUCAAGACCAUCAACAUUUCCAAGGAGGCCAAGAAGUUCUUCACAGGCAUUGGUUCACAGCUGGGCAAUAGGAUCUCCCUGUUCACGGAUCUUCUGAGUUCUCGGGCGGAUCCGCCGCAGGUUUGGUGCAGCGAACUGCAGGCCACGACUCCCAAGCUCUUUGAGACGCUGCGUUUUAAUGUGCUGGAGGUGCAGGAGCAUCUGGAGACCUUCUUCGAUCGCAAGGACCAGGUUUUAGAGUGCCUGGAUGCUGUGAAGACCAGUUGUAAACUGUCGCUCUUCAACGAGGCGGAUGUGGCUGCUUCUGGCCUGGAGCUGCCCAGCUCCUCCAGCGUGGCCUACAUGCCCUUCGAUCCUGCCUCCACUGAGGUGGUCCUCGACCUGGGCCGCUCUCUCUACAAGCUGAUGUUCCAGCUGCUGCUGCUUAUCGAAUCGAAUCACAAGAUAUCCUCGAAUGUGGUGAAUCAUUUCCGUAUCAACGAAGACAUGCAUGACAUAUCCGAUCUCUAUGCCCUGGUUCGCGAUGCCCUGGUGCGCUACACCAGCGAGGCUGAACUGGAUUGCCUGGAGUCCUCCACCUCAACGGAGGGCGAGCACACGCCCACGCCUUCACCUGGUUUGCCGAUGACCCACGAGGAGUUUGAGGCCGCCCUCGCCGAGCACAUCGAUCUGCAGAGAUGGCCCAGCGCCAUAGCCCAUGUGCGUCAGUAUCGACGGAUCUCCACGCUCAACGCCAGCGGCGAUCAAAACCUGACCGUAUUCAGCUACAGCAGCCUGGACAAUCGCCAGAAAUGGGAUGAGAUGUCGGUGAUACUGAAUGCAUAUGCGCAUGGUAUCAUGAAGGAUCGCACAGCAGAAGCCUUCAUUGUAUCCAAAUCGGACUCGGAACUGUUCGAGAUCUAUGCCAUUCUCUCGGAGAACUUGUAUCAUGUAUCCAGCGCCCUGACCAACAUGGAGAUCAGCAUGAAGAGCUACUCGGCGGGCGGCGCAUCGGGCAAUCUGCAUCGCAGCGAACAGGACAUUGUGACAAAUCUUUAAAGUAAUCCGUAGACUAAGCGAAACGCAGAGUUAAGAUCCCUUUUAUAUGUAAUCUUUUAGAGUAUCUAAGCUGCAUUCUAGACACUGCUGUGUGUACGUAAGCGAUCAUUAUUAUUGAGUGCGAAAACAAAUGUGAGUUAGAUACGAUCCAAUAUAUUUAUCAAUUACAGCACAAUAAUCAGAAAUA